AUGGCUGGAGAAGCCGAGCCGACCAAGGCCGAGAAGGAUGCGCAAAAGAAGGCAGAAGCAGCGAAGAAAGUAGGGAUCGUUGCGGCCACCUUGCACAUGUGGCAAGGUCAAAACGCAAGCAUUCCUUUUUCGCAAGAACAAGAAGCCAAGUUUCAGAACGCCGAGGAACUCAAGAAGAGAGUGCGCACGACUCUCAAGCACGCCAACCACUUCCAGCUCAGGAGCGACCAGGACUACAAUGCCUACAACCGGAACACGGCAUUGUUCAAGAAAUUGCGCGGGUUUGGCAACGCUGGUAUGGAUUAUUCCCAUUUCUGCGCGUUUUUGACCGCGAUGGAAGAUGGCGUCACCUUCUCUCUUGCAGCGGCUUUGUGGACAAACCUCGAGAAACAGGAACCAAAUCGCCUGGACUUUUGGGUGUGGCGGAACCAUUUCCUCCACAAUCCUCAGGUUAUGGAUCAGAAGAAGCAAGCGAACAGGCGCAAGAAACGGCAGUUGGAAGCCCAGGGCGGCCAGGGGAAGUUCGCCAAGGUCAGCAGCAGCCCUUGGGCCGGGACAUCUGAUCUGUUUCAGAGCAGCCAGGUCAGCAGCAGCCCUUGGGCCGGGACAUCUGAUCUGCCUUGGAGCAGCCAGGUCAGCAGCAGCCCUUGGGCCGGGACAUCUGAUCUGUCUCAGAGCAGCCAGGCCAACCACGGGUGUAUGGCAAUUCGGCUGUGCAGUGACUUCCUAGUGACCUGUU